CCAUCGAUCAAAUGACCAAUGAUGCAGUUCUCCGACAAAUGACCAAUGAUGCAGUUCUCCGACAAAUGACCAUCGAUCAAAUGACCAAUGAUGCGGUUCUCCGAUAGCUUCGAUGUCGUGCUGUUCCACUAUGAUGGCCGCACGACGGAGUGGGACGAAGAGUUCGCGUGGUCGAAGAAGGUCGCCCAUGUCAGCGCCAGGAAGCAGACCAAAUGGUGGUUCGCCAAGAGGUUCCUGCACCCGAGCGUGGUGGCGCCCUACGACUACGUGUUCGUGUGGGACGAGGACCUCGGCGUCGACAACUUCGCUGCAGAACCGUACCUUGACCUCGUGAGGAGGCACGGGCUGGAGAUCUCGCAGCCGGGGCUGGACGCAACCAAGGGGCCGGCGCCGAUGUACGGCAUCACCGCCAGGAGAAAACGGCAGCGAGAUGCACAAGUAAGCGCGCCGCCAUGA